AUGGGACACUUGAGAUUAAUGGAAAAGGGUCAGCCUGCAUGUUAUCCAAUGCGAAGAGGAGAUUUGAAAUCAUUUUCUCUAUCAUCCGGAACAUUACAAUAUACAAACGAAAGUCUAAUUACGGGUCUUUUGCCCGAUCGUUUAGUAGUUGGCAUCGUCUCAAGUAAAGCCGUGCACGGCCAUUACAAUGAAAACCCAUUUAACUUUAUUCAAGCAGAUAUAUCAAGCAUCACUGUAACGGUGAACUCUGAGCAAGUAACAUCUCAAACGUUUGAACUUGAUUUUGAUAAUAAGAAAAGUAUUGAAGCAUACUUUAGCGUAUUUUCGGGGUUGGGUCUAACAAAUCUCGACACUGGAAUAGAACUAACAUUUGACAUUAUCAAAAAUGGGAAAACUCUAUACGUUUUUGACUUGAGACAUCAACAUGAUGGAUUCGCUAUACCAAGACAUGGAAGCGUGAAGAUUGAGAUAAAGCUACGAAAUGCAACUACAACCGCCCUAACUGUCCUUUGUCACUGUGAUUAUCAAGCAGUUUUGUAUGUCGACAAGAAUCGUCACAUCUACUUUAAGGAUUACUCCAUGUAA